AUGAACAUUGUGUUGAUUUGUGAGAACCGCGAGUUUGUCUUUACUAAAGAAUGUCUUGAGGUCCCUGCUACCAAAGCUCCCAAAACUGCUAGGGAGAAGUAUGAUGCUUGGAUUUUAUCCAACAACAAGGCUAAAUUCUACAUGCUUGCUAGUAUGGGUGAUGUACUCAGAAAGAAGCAUGAAGAUAUGGAGACUGCAUAUGAAAUAUGGGAGUCUCUUCAAGCCAUGUUUGGACAGCAGUUCGAUCAAUGCAGACAUGAGAAAUUCAUGGAGCAACCAUUGAUGAGAACUUUCGAAUCACUCAAUAAGAGUAAUUCAAAAGUAGAAGAAGAAAAUGUUGCUGAUUUCUAA